CCCCUUGCUGAAUCAUCGUGGAGCGAUGGUCGGACAGCUCGUCCGCUCGGGGAACAAAAUAUUCCCCUGUAGAGCAUGAGGCGGUGGCGAGGCGAGACGCAAGUUGCUGAAAAGUGCCUUUCCUGAAGCCACCGCUGCUUGGAUUUCUGUCUAGGGCUGCCUCUCUCUGCCCCUCGCCCCCCUCUCUUUUUAAUUCGGCGUUGCUUGCGGUUCGUGCCCUGACGGCAACUCCUCCAGCCUUGCCCUUUUUUUUUUUUUUUUUUUGGCUCCCCAUUUACACGCAGUUUGCUCAGCCAUUUUUUUUCCUUCCCCCGAGUAUGUAGCAAAUAUUUAAAAGAAAAGAAAGAAAAAAAAAAUCAGAUGUCCUUUUGCUCGUUUUGAUGCUCGCGAACUGUAAUUUUUAGAAGCAAGAAAUAGAAAGAAAAAAAUCCCUGAAGUUUUCUCCCCAAGGACUGAGACCAUUCCACAAACUGAAGUGCUGCCAGCAGCAUAUGCUUUUUGCAAGAAUAAUUGAAACCAUUAACUGGAGAGCACAGAAUUCUUUUGAAAGUCUGCCAGUUAUUUGCAAGUAACUUCGGCAGUGGCACAAAAUAUAACGCUUAUAUUUUAACUUCUACAAUUGCACUUUUAGGAGCUGGCCUCUAAUUUGAUUUUCAGUUGUUCUGAUAAGAUUUCUAUUUUAUGAUUGGCUUUAUGUUUAAUUCUUGUUUAAACAAACACGAUUUGACUUAAAUGAAAACCUAAGUGCUGAUGAAUAGGAGUUCUACCAAAGCAACAAGUUAGUUAUUUCUUCACGUUUAACUUGAAUUCACUUUUUUACCCUUUUUUUAAAAAAAAGAAGAAAACAAAAGAUCAGCAGUAAAUAUUGCCCUGAAGAAGGGUGUGAUUGCUUGCAUUUUAAUUUUUGUUUUUUAAUAUGGCUGUAAACGUUUCCCUGGUUCGUGAUACAAAAUGGCUGACGUUAGAAGUGUGUCGAGAGUUUCAGAGAGGUACUUGUUCUCGGUCUGAUGCAGAGUGCAAGUUCGCCCAUCCGUCACGGAGUUGCCAUGUGGAAAAUGGUCGAGUUAUUGCCUGCUUUGACUCCCUAAAGGGCCGGUGUACCCGAGAAAACUGCAAAUAUCUCCACCCUCCUCCGCACUUAAAAACACAACUUGAAAUAAAUGGACGCAACAACCUGAUCCAGCAGAAGACAGCCGCAGCCAUGUUUGCUCAGCAAAUGCAGUUCAUGCUACCAGGCGCGCAACUACAGCCAAUUACAACAUUUCCUGUGACUCCAUCGCUUGCAACAAGCCCCACAAUGGCUUUCAGUCCCUACCUGAGUCACGUUUCUCCUGGGAUGGGCUUGGUUCCUGCAGAGCUUUUACCAAAUACUCCUGUCCUGGUUUCUGGAAAUCCUACUGUUACAGUACCAGGAGGCUCUGCUGGGCAGAAACUGAUGCGUACGGAUAAACUGGAGGUUUGUCGAGAGUUUCAGCGUGGAAAUUGCACACGUGGUGAGAAUGAUUGCCGCUAUGCUCACCCUAUAGAUAUUGCAAUGAUAGACACAAAUGAAAAUACUGUUACAGUUUGCAUGGAUUACAUCAAAGGUCGAUGCUCUAGGGAGAAAUGCAAGUACUUUCAUCCCCCUGCACACCUGCAAGCCAAAAUCAAGGCAGCUCAACACCAGGUGAACCAGACAGCUGCAGCUGCAAUGGCCCUGCCGCCUGGUGCACUUCAACCUUUACCAAAGAGGCCAGCACUUGAAAAAAACAAUGGUGCCACCACAGUCUUUAACCCAAGCGUUUUCCACUACCAACAGGCUCUAGCCAACAUGCAGUUGCAACAGCCUACAUUCAUCCCUACAGCAGACCAUGUUGAAAUUCUGAACAGUAAAAUUAUGGAGCACCAGGACUUCUUGGUGGGAAGCUGCGCAUGGCCUUUCUGUAUAUAUCCCCUUUUCCCUCUAUCGUUCUCUACCACCUCUACAGUAAGCCUGUUGCAGCCUACAUGUUAACCAAAAACUGAUCAAUGGGAAUGUCAAAAAAAAAAAAAAAAGCACUAUAGAAACAAUUAACAAACAGCGCUCUGUUAUAUGAGAUAUACAAGUAGAAAAUUAUAAUAGACUUUUAUAACACAUUACUUUAACACACUUAAUCAUUUUAUGACUACCAUCCUGGUAAGUGCAUCUGCACAGCGGACUGUUGGUUUACUGUAUACUAUCGAUGGAUAAAUGUUUGUCUUGUUUUUAAAGUGUUAUCUUACUGUUUUGUUUACAUCAUAGUCUAUUGAUUUGUUUUAAAGUGUACAUCAUUAUCAAGUAUACUCAAUACCAUUUUUUCAUUAUUGUUAUGUCUUAAGUUUUCAUAUACUGUAGGUUUUAUGGGUUUUUGUUUGUUUUUUACUAAAAAUGUUAUUGUGGGAAACAGGAAUUAUGUGCUUGAAAAACACGACACAGGAAUGUUCUGCCCUUUGCUGGAUUUUGCUGUUAAUGUCAGCUAAAGUUGCAUGUGUUAAAUGCUCCUUUUAUCAUUUAAAAUUUGCCUUCACGUAGUGUCUCCAAAUUUUUAGUACAAGUGAUACGAAAGGGUAGCUGUCAUUUUAGUCCAGUUCAGGGUAUUUCUUUCAAUACAAUGAGCUGAUUCUGGAAACUUUUGGAAAAAACCCCACAAAAGCCCACGCUCAGAAAGGGGACAGGACCGAUUUGCUCAGACCGUGGUAAUCAUCAAGGGAUUUCUGCAGUUCUGUUGUCCAUUGAAGUGCAUUCUCAGCUGCAAACGGCGCACAAUCUCUCUUGCUGUUCUCAUGGUGCCGUCAAAAAAAAAAAAAAAAGGUGGUGAAGUGAGACAGCUUCUGUUGGGCAAAGACUCACUGCGUUAGAGAGGAGCAAAUGCCAGCUGUUAGCUGGAGUGGGCCCAUAGCCAUGACUUAGCCCAAGCUGGGCAAUACCAUGCCCGGGGGCUUGUCUCCACUAAUCACGCUGAAACAUUUCAGCCUGAAAUUCCUUUCUUGACAUUUUGUCAGCGUGCUCCGAUUAUUUAAUCACCAUUUUCUGUAAGUGAGUGAUUUUUUUUUCCUCGUGAUCUCUGGCCCUUUAAAGCUAACACAGCAGUAACAAAGCAGGAAAAAGCUCAGCAUAAGCUUUCUACCGUAAACAUUCAUUCUAAUGGAGCUCCUGUAGGUCAGUGGAUGUAUUCUGGCACCUUCUGCUUGAUCAAGAGCAAUGUUUGCCGCACAACAAGGGCUAGUUCUCAAUACCUCCUUUUCAUACGCACGAAUGAAACGAUUUCCAGCCCGUGCACCCUGGACAGCCCAGCCUGUCGUUACGCUGCGUUGCCGAACAAUCUGGCUGCAGAAUACGUUUUGGUUGAGGAUACAGCCAAAUUUAUCCCUGUCAUAGCUCUACAGUAUCAUUGGCAUUAUGGAAGAGAUGGAUUUGCUGCUGUAAAUCCACAAACUCUGUACUAGGAGAAAGAGAAUCAUCACUGAAAGCAAGCAAGAGGCCAGCUCCCAGUGUCUGGAGGGCCAGCCACCCCGAGCUCACAGUGGUCCUAUAGGGUGCCAAAUUCUGACAACCAGGUUUUCUUUUCUUUUCCAAGUUGCUUGGCCUUGGUUAGAGACUUUCCUUGCCCCCACUCCUCCAGUGUGAGCGUGGGUAGCUUGCUAGAUGUGUAUCUCCACAGACCACAAGUGAUGGAGGGGCAUCUAGGGCACAACCCAUGCAUCCCAGAGCAGGCUCUGACCAUCUGCCUGUGGAGACUCAUUCAUAGCAAGAACCUUUGAAGAGCCCAGCUCAAAAAGACCUUAAGCCAGAAGGAAUCUCCCAUGCGUUUCAGCAGGCUUUGAACCAAACCCUGAGGGAGGGGGAAAAAACAUCCCCCACCCCAAGACCCUCCUUUAUGAACCCUGUGUUUUGGCAGUCGCUUGUGUCCGUAGAUGUUCCCUAGCCAUCAGCGUUCACGAGCAGCAGCGUUGCCUGCAAUCAGUGACUCUCAUUUAUACUGGCGACCGCAUACCUGUUCUUUUCACCACUGAGUUUCUGUUUCCCAAAACCAUAACAUUGUUAGUGGAAAAAGUGGAUUUGAGUACUUCCUGUUUGAAAUUAUUUGUGUAUCAAAAAUGGGUUUUGCACAACCUGUGCCAGUGCCUCAACAAAGAACAGAGCUGAUCUUCUUAAGCCAGAAAGGAUGCAUUCAAGCUUGUAUGGCUUUAUGAGUUCAAGGAGGUUGGAAUUUUUUCAGUGCUAAAUGGAUUUUUGUAUAUCUUGACACUUUGAUGUAACCUCCUAUUUUAUUUAUCGACUUAAACAUCUGGCAUAGAUGUGCAUAGAAUGUAAACCUAGAAUACAGCUGUUUUCAUGUCACAUUUAAAGCACUGAAAAAAAAAAGCAUUUAAGGAUUAUUUUUUAUUAAAGAGGUCCAAUGAGGGAUGUUCAGGGUAGUUAUAUUAGGUGCCACAACAGUUUUUAUAUUGCUGGCAAAUUUAGAGUUAAUUUGUAAAUGAGUUUAAGGAAAGAAAAGCUUGAAGCACUAAACUUCACCAAAUUCAAAACAAUCUCGGCAAAAAUGCCAUUUUGAGGUAGCACUAUUUAAACUAGUUGUGCAAUGACUUGCUCUAAUUUUCUUUGUUCAAGAAAGAAAAGAAAAAAAAAAACAGUCGCCAGACUAUAAAAUUCCUAAAUAGACUAUUACAAAGUCACCGAGCUAGUUAGUGACUCUAAACAAAUGUCAUAAAAGCAUGAAUAUCAUCCUUUAUUUGACAAGAGAUGUAUGUAAGUUUGUUUAAAUCAAUAUAAUUUUAGUGACAUUUUUAUAAGCUUCCCACUUUCCAUGAACCUAUAUUUUUUAUUUAUCCAAAGUUAUUUCUCUUUGUCCAUUUCUCUCAGCCUUAUGCAAACAAUAUGCAAGAAAUGCUGAAACUUGGAUAAAACGGGUCAUGCAGAGGGAAAAUGAAAGCUGAGAUUGAUCAUUUUCACGAGAAAAGGUUGUUAGUAGUUUCAAUAAAAAGUACUACUACUAAACUGUAACAUAAGCAGACAAUAAAAGAGGGAUUUAAAAUAAAAUGGAUUCAUAAAACUAUUAAGAUUAUUUUUGUUAAAUACAGUGUUUUUAGUAAUUUGGAACAUGAUUUCACAAUCAGCCGUGGUUUUUAGUUGGAAAUUAUUUCUAGCUGAUGAUUUUUGACUGUGUAUUUUUGCAUCGCGAUGUUCUAGAACCUGUUACCUCCCUGGCCAGCCUGUGCCGGCCCCCUUCCCGAACACCCCGAAGCACUUUUCCUCCCUGCCAUCCAUCCAUCCAUCUUUCCAUCCCUGCCGUCUCACACUGUGCUCGGCGUGUUCCCGAAUGGCGGCACCGCCGGGCUGGCCGCCAACGGCAGCCGCGCUGGCACUGGCGCUCCGGGUUCCCACGGCGCUCUGGGUUCCCACGGUGUGGUCAUGCCGGCGGCGUCGGACGUCCCGCCGGAGCUGGACCACCACCGUUGAGGCGGCGAUGGAGAUGGGUAUGUGUCUCGUGGGUGCAGCUGGCCAGAGGAGGAGACGCGUGUGCCGGGCCAGAUGUCUCCUCCACCUCGCGGGCUGCUGGCCGGCACGGUAGGGUAGCUCUAGGACACGCGAGUACACAACAAUUGAGAAACUGGAGUCCUCGUUUUGUUUAUCCCUUGUACAUUUCACAGACAUGAAAAUUGAAAAAGGUGAAAUUUAUGAGGAAAAUCUAAUUUCCCAUUCCUGUUGAAUGGAUUUAGUUUGAUAUUGACCUGAUUUUACCAUGUGCCUGUUGAAGGCCUUAGAGUAUAUACUGUAUGUUAAAGACUGUAAUAACUUUAAAAAAAUAAAUAGUUGAUAGCCUAAUCCAAAUGUAAAUAUAGCUACAACACGUUACUAGGCUACAACGCAUUAAUACAUGUCAUAUAUUUUCAUUUCUCUACCAUUAGUUUUUGAGGUUUUCAUUAUUGCUUUUUUUGAUAUCUUUAGUAACUAAUGAAUUUAAUUUUGAAGGAGAGUUAGAGAAAGUUUAAAAUUUUUAAUACAUGUAUUCAGCCCAUUUAGUUAUAUUCUAAACCAACACUGAAGCAUGGUAAGGUAUAGAAUACAGUCCAUAACUAGUUUGUAUAGUUUACAGUUUAAGAACAAAAUUAACUUUGUAUGUAACUCCUACAAUGAUAGAUUCAUUGUUAACUAAUUAUAUUAAGUUGUUGUUGCUAUGGCAACAAAACUACAACAUGGCUACCUUUGUAUACAUUAUUUGUGAAAUUUUCACAUGUAAAUUAAAAGUGAUGUGUAACAGUAUGAGCUUGUUAAAGGUACAGUUCGAUACUGUCAGAUAAAGAUAUGAUUGAAUAUUUUUAAAAUCCCAAAGUCCCAUGUGAACGCUGAAUUUGUGUCUUUAACGUCACUUUUUCAGUCAAGAAGUUUACAACACAUGGAUUUAGAGUCAGGUUUUAUAGCUUGUAGAAAUUGUUGUGUGGCAAGGGUUAUUCCACAGUAUUUUAACUUCAAAAACACGACAGCCUGUAUUUACAACAUAGUGACCGGUCUUGCUUUCAUUUCACGUUCAUUCACGUGGUGGGAAUUCAGAAUUAAUCCGUUUCAGUACUGUAGCUCUGCCUGCAAUUUUCUUUUUUCUCCAGAAAUUGAGCACUCACACAAUUACGUUAUGAUCAGGGCUAAAUAAUUAAGCAUAUAACUAUUUUAAUACUAAUUUAUAUUAGCAAAAACUGUACAUAAGAAAAAAAAUAUUGUGGAAUGACCCCGUAACAGUGUUGAAGAUACAAAUAUGCUGCAGUUAAACUGAUUCAGUUAGUGUACGAAUGUGUGAGACACACCUUUUUUGCACUUAUGUACAUAGUCCACGAAAGAAAUCCUUGGAACUUAUUUUGAAUAUAAAAAGUCUGUAAUAAUACAGGAAAAGUUUGUAAAAGAGAUAGGUAUUACUAAGGCUUUGAAAAGGAGGAGUUUUUUGCUAUAAAACUUAUCUGAAAGCAUGAUGUUGCUUUGCUGUUGUAAAAGCUUUGUAGUUUGCCAUAGCUUAUUAUACAGCAGACUGAUAACAGGUCAGCUCCAACCUGCAGCACAGAGAAAUGGGAAACAGUGCUUAAUUAAUUAGUAAGGUCACUAGCAAAGAUUUGAAUUCCUUUUUUUUUUUUUUCCUCCUUUUUAAUCAGCCUACAUUUUCAAACACCCCCUAGGUCACGUUUCUGAUAGGUUGUGUUCUCGGUGAAUCCUAUUAGGACCGAUAGGUCCGUGCCAACAUACACACGUUUUUCCUAGCACCUAAUCCUAUUUCUAGCUGGAAGUGUUUAUCUGUUAGAGGUGACUGUCAUUGCAGCGAGUGUUUUAAAUCCCAGAGGGAAUUUGAAAUGUCACAACUUACUGAUUUUUUUUUUUAAUUUAUUUUUUACCGUUGUGGGGCAAGGUAACAAAAUGGAAGGGACUGAUGAGCAGUGGAAGGACAGGGGGUGGUUUUGGGUUGUCCUGGGCUGGUUUCCUCUGCUGUAUGACAACCGUGGUGUUCAUUUGAGAGAGCUACGUGGCAGCGCUGCCUGGUGCUGCCUGCUCAGGCAGCACUGCCGGAUGGAUUUGGGGCAGUGUGGCCAGCUCGGUGCUUCUGGCAGGGGUUGACAAGCCUCACUGAGUUGCCACCAAAGGAGAGCACGGCCGUGGUCCCCCAGCCUGCUCAGCAGCCUCUUGCUGCCCUUUCCCCUGUGUUGGUGAUGCUGCCAGCGCUCUGCAGUACCAGGGGGAUUUUGGAGAAGCUGAAGCGCCUGUGUUGACCCGUUUAUUUUUUAUUAGAACAAGUUUGUUGUUGGGGGGUUUUUUGGUUUUUGGUUUGGUUUUUUUUUUAUUUGCAAAACCCAAGCCCCAGAUUUGCUGCGGAAAGGUCGCUGGUUUUGCUGCGAGGCUGGUCCCGACCAAAGCGAUGAGUCGAGCACCCUAGAGCAGAACCGGUGGGUGGUGGCGCCCGGUGUCACUGUCUCCCUUUCCUGCCCGUUCCAGGGUUGGGGGCUGAGGUGUCUCUGCCAAGCGCCGGACCUGCUCUUGGACCACGGCUGCGGGCAUCUCGGAGGUCUCUGGCUCCUCAGGAUGGCAGCGAGUGCCCAGCCAGCCCACGUCGCACCACCGGGUUUGUCUAAGCGGGUGGUUUGCUCAAUCGGAGCCGCAGCAUCGUGCAGUCUUCAAAACGGGGGAAAAUCAGAUGUUGCCUCUCUUCGUGGGUGUUACAACCACCUAGAUUUUAAUAAGAAAGAAUCAGCUAAUUCUAGCCACCAUGCUAUUAAGGCUUCCCUUUGCCUUAAUCAAUUUUCGUAAUCAAGCUCUUUCUCAUUUCUGGGAUUAUGAGAGAAAAACAUUUUGCACUAUGUGAAAUGAAUCGUAGCUGGUCAAACUUGGGGUAUGAGCAUGAUCAUGACGACACUGCUAAAAUCUUUGCUAGUGAUCUUUACUGAUAUCCUCUAUCAUCAAAAGUAACUCUAUAUGCCUCUCAAAUGAGAUAUUUAAACAUGCAAAAAUAACACAGCUAUUAAAUAAAAUGAAGUUAUUUUUCCAAACACACAACAGAGAGAAUUACCUGACACCGAAUUACAAGGUUCCAGUUCUUUAUUACUGUACACAGAUGCUAUUUGAUAGUGGUGGAAGCCAAAUGAUUUUGUUGCCAUGGCUUUUGUAUCCUAGCAGAUGAGGGGAUGAUAAGACCAUUCUUAGAUUGGAUUAUGGGAUUUUUUUUUCUUUCUAAUUAGCUUUGUUUUAAUUAUAUUUUUAUUCUAAAUCAUGAAAACGAACCGAGAUGCCCCACACUCUUUAUUAUAUCACCUGACAACAGAUCACUAUUUUUUUUUAUAAAUAGAGAAUUGUAUUUUAGGCAAUCACUAAAAUCAAAGAGAGAAUGUUCUCCUAAAUUGUAAAUUUUUAAUUUAAAUAUAUAAAAACAUUUAUACUGUACUGUGUAAAGUAGAUCUUUGAAGCACAUUCUUCUUUUCAUAGGCAUUUCUGGUAAAACAAGGGAAACAUUAGAUAUCAAUUUAACGAUAUAGUUUAGAAAAUAUACACAAAUGAUUACAGUUAGCCCUGUGGAAUUGUAACAGAUUAAAAUAUCAUCGGAUCCAGAUGGCGUAGGCUAAUGCAAUAUUUCAGUUCCAUAACAUGAUAGUUCAUUCCCUCAACUGCUACCAACAGGGUGUACGCUUUGAAUUUAUUUUUCUUUUUGCCACGUUAUAUUGCUGUAGUGCUUGUAUGUGCUUUAGAAAUGUGCAUAAUGCUACUCAUUUUAGUAUGUUACUUCUAUAUUGUUAUUGUUUAUUUUUUGAUCUUUUAAUAAAGUGUAUAAAAUUCUUGGUUAUGUUUUUUAUGGAUCCAUAUCUACACAUUAAUAGGAGUUUACUUUAAAAACUUUCCAAGUUCCGGUUUAUUAGUCCCAAACUUUAAAGGUCCUGAUGUAAAAAUAAUGACUAAUGAAUUUGAUUCAAUGUUACAUCGAAAGUGUAGAACAACAGAAUAAAUUCCUUUCCAGAAAAUACCUUCAGUAUUUUGAAUUCUGUAGCCAGUGCCUCCUUUUUAUCGGACGCAUUUGGCCUAUCCUAUUAAAGUUACUAACACAAGAAAGACAUUUGUAUUUUAGAAAAAUAAAAAGUAAAACUUUCCA